AUGAAAGAAGAAAAUGAGAAAUUUGAUUUGAUCAAUUAUAAAUUGUCAAGAAAUUCAUUACAACGAUCAUUAUCGUUGAAUGAUGAAGAUUUAACACGAAUAAGAUAUUGUGAUAAUCAUAUUGCUACCACUUCAACAUCUCUUAGUACCACUGCAUCUAUUCCACAAAAUUCGCUACAAUCUACAUCACUAAUCCGUGGUUCCACUACGGAAUCACUGCCAUGCCAUCCACAAAAUGGUAGGAAUGGAUAA